UAAGACAUUUACGAUUACAAGUUAAUUCGGUUCUUGAAUUUACAAUUUUAUUAAUCGAUACAAUUGAUCGAUUUGAUUUGAACAAAAAUCACGAUGGAUGAUCGAACCGAAUCGAUUGGAUCAUCAUUUCCAGCUCCAAAUAUUGGCCGUUGUAUUUAUGGAUUUGUUUUAUUUCUAGUCUCAAUUGUUUCAUUGGUAAUCUAUUAUUUAUGGGCAUUCAUUCCAAGAUAUCUAAUCGAAAUGACUGGCAUUACAUAUUUUCCAUCCAAAUAUUGGGCCAUUUCAAUACCAAUAUUUUUCCUGAUGUUUAUAUUAUUAUUCGGUUUUGUUCUGUAUCCUGCCAUUAAUCUAUUUCUUACACCAUCAUUAACAAAUGUUUCAACCAUAUAUGAUCGAUAUUAUUGUAAAGCAGAUCUUAAAUCCUUUAAUAAUAAUGGUGAUUGGAAUCAAGGUAUACCUCAUAUUAAGGAUUUACCAUUGGAUUUUGUUUGUCAAAAAUUGUAUUUGAAAAAAAAUUUUUGAUUUAUAUUUCUUUUU